GCCCUCUGUCGUGUUUGUUCCUUGCUAGUUCUCGUCGGCGCCGUCUCUCCCACGCCGCCCUCUGUCACCAGCCCACCACCUCCUGCGCCGGCGCUCCUCCGAGACGCAGUUCGCCUCCGGAAUUCGAUCACUUCGCCGCCGCUCUCGCCUCCGCCCCCAGGCCGCGAAGUGGCGAGAAGCCUUCCCACUGAGCAAAGGUCCUAGGUUCGAUGCAGCCUCUCGGCAAAAUGCAGGCUGGCUAAAUACAACAAUGAUGGAGAACAGGAUGACUUUGAAUCCAACUGAUCUUGAUGAUUUUGACAAGCUGCAGCAGUUCGAACAACUGAUUUGUUUACAUGUUCUUUUGGGGACUUGAGACUAAAUUACAUUAUAAUUUUGUCCAGAGAAAAUUGCCAUCACCUAGGUUCCAGGUUGAGGUUGUCCUGGUAGAUUACGAUGGCUCGCAACCACCAAAACCAGCCGCUGGAGCAGUUGAUAAUAAAUCUGAUGCCGAUUCCUCGGCUAGCACGGCUGUGAAAGAAAAUAGUGUUGCGCCUGCAGAAUCCAACAAGGGGACUGGAAGCAAUGAUAAAGAUGAAGUAUUCUCGGACAGUGACGACGGGGAGGAUGGAUCAUCUAAGGAAAGAAAGGAGAGGACUGCUGGCGCGGUGGUCAAGGCAGUGUAAAUGCUGCUAAACCAUCUCAAACAAGCAACGUGGAGAAGGAGGCAUCGGCCGCUGCUAGCAGACUUGAUAAAGUAUAGCUGUAACCAGGAACCAGCGAACAAGGAACCACGAAGGCACCUGAUGUCACAUCUCUCAAAACUGAAGUCAGCAGCAAGGGCAGCUCCACCGCAGCUGCUGACUCUUCCAGCAUGAGCGAAUUCAAGGCGAUCGCAGCAGAUGCCUCGGUGUUUAUGUUCGGAGAUGAAGACGAUGAUUAUGAAAGUGAAUAGUGCUUCUAUGUGUGUUCCGUUGUACAGUUUGGUUCCCUCUAGUCCCCCUCUCGGCCUCUCCCACCCACCCAAAAAAAAACACAGCAGCUGAGAAAGAGAAGUCGAAAGAAGUUAUGCCUGUUUGAUUGCUAAAUAUGCCACAUAUUGGCUAAAAUUGAAGAACUAACAUUAGAUAGAAAAAGUUAGGCAAAGUGUGUCAAGUUAGACAGAGAACCAAAAGCGUCAUCAGUCUGAUAUUGUACCCAGAUGAAACUUGCUGUAACUCAACCAGGGCUGAACCUUGUUGAUAACUCUCCUACUUCUUAACAGAAAGGAAAUCAAAUAGAGCAAUCACUGCUAAGAGUU